AUGGUCGAGUCGCAAUAUGUGCGUCCUGACAUACAUCUUACGAACAUCACUGAACGACUAGUAGAAGCGGCAAGAAAGAUACCCACAGGUGAAUUAGUCAAAGAUGAGGGGUUUACACUGUUUGAGGCCGUCGGGGCGCUCGAGAUCGGGGACUCGAAGAUGGACAGCGGUGCCUUAGAAGAAGGCGACGAUCUAGACGACGAUUUCGACUUCUCAGAGCCCUUGACACCACAGCAAGCGAUUUGGAUCAUAGACCAACUGGUCUGCAGAGAGGCAUCAUGGCACCAGGGCUAUCCCCUCUCGCAGACACUAUUCACAUCUGUACACCUCGACAAGAUCCUGUGGCCAGAUCCGAACCAGAUCAGCCAUGCCCAUUUCCUGCGACCAGACGCCGCACGUUCGCCGUCGGUGGUAGAAGACAUCCUACGUGCCUACUGCUUGGGACUGAUCAAAUGCUGCGAUCUCGUCCUCGCCAUGAUUGCGAGCCAGCACUACUACGAGGAAGAAGAUUUUGCGACUCAAGUCUAUAAUCGGGAGAUGCUUCGAUCAUUCACCACCGACCAGAUCAUCGAUGAGAUGCAGACUGCGAUAGUGCUUCUACUCGAAGAAGACGACCUCCCCAAUCGGACUGAGGUCAUCGACCGGCUCAACUUCAGAAUCGCUUUCCUCGAAUUGCUCAGCGAUUGUGGUGGCAGCAUACCUCCAACCGACAUGAAAGCAUCCACGCUUCUCGCAAAGAUCGAGCCAUCGACCUCACCUGGUGAAGCUCUCCCAGCUGCCUUCAACAUUAAGAUUCAGCGACGGCUUGCCAGCAGUGUGCCACCACGUCCAGAAGUUACUUGCUCACCAUCAGAAGCAUUCGCAUACUUCACCCGUCUCCUGUCGGAUAUUCAGACCGCCUUUGAGAUAUUCGCCGUCACCACAGCCCAGGAUCUCUAUACUGCCCUCUGGACGUUCAUGUCGCAACCUGUUCAGCCAAGCGUCUACGUGCGUGCUCUCGUACAGAACUCCUUUGCGCCUGACGAGCAGACCUCGGGCAGCCUUCCUCGCCGCAAUAUGAUUGUGCGAGACAUUCGCGCUCUUGUACUCCCUGUCAGCCCUCUACUCAAUGCCUUUGGGGGCGGCUCAACGACCUCACCGCCGCCGACAGCACCACAAUUCCAAGCCCAUUCACAAACGAUGCAAUUCAUCGAUCGCGUCUGCAUCCCUGCAACGCAGCAGUACCGAUCCUUCUCCCUCAAUCGCUCGCGAGUCCGCCGGAACCUGUGUCAUGCUGCUAUAGAAUGGGAUGCCAUUCAAGCCGAUGCCGAAGAGCUCGAUUCCGAUAUCCAGACACUGGAAAACGAGAAACCCCUGCCGUACGGCGACAACCCGCAAGAGCUGGCUUAUGCGUACCCGCUUAGUAGCUGGGUAUACCACUACAAACUAUUGCAGCUACGAUUGCUGAUCCAAAUGGGCUUCGAGCUGGAGACAUACGCGCCGUUUGAAUUCGUAGACAUGUAUUGGUACUUGUCUCACGUCACUGGACUACACCUCGCACACCUGGAGCGCAUAAGCUUCUUCAGCCGCCGCGGCGCAAGAUACGCUCGGCAACCUCUACAGACACUUCACUCAAGCCAAGCGACCGACACGUUGGCAGCAGCUUUGCAGCGUGUCUUCACGGUCAUCUUCCGGCACGAUCCCAGAUACCGCUCCAACGAGGACGGCAUGUACGGCUCGGACGCCCUGCGGUACGAACUUCGCACCAAACCAUUCGCGAGCCUCAGCGUGCCGGAGCCACUGGGCUAUGAGGAGAUGAAAGCAGUCAGUAGUCUCGAAGAGCUCAAUGACGAAGAGGUCUUACGGCAGGCUGCUGCGCUGACUGUGAGCAGUAGACGUGGAUGGGAGGAAGUGCUUCGAGGUGGAUGGAGUAUCGGCUCUCCCCUAGGCAAGGGCACAGAAGAAGGCAGGAAGAGAAGGCCUUCGGUCCUCGAAGCAGAGUGGGUCCGCAAUACCAAAGGCUGCAUCAAGCAUGCAUUGCCACAGGUAUCGCAAUCUCUUCACUUCUGA